UCCACCGCGUGAGGCGCCAACAUGUAUGCCAGCAUCUGAACGCUAUCGAACCCAUGAUGGUACCUGCAAUAAUAAAAGGCGACCUAGGUGGGGUGCAGCACAAAUGCCCUUUAGUCGUUUUCUACCCCCUGAAUACGGCGAUGGAGUAGAUUCGGUGCGUAAAUCUGUAAAUGGCGGUCCACUAUCUUCUUCGCGUUUUGUGAGUUUGCUGGUACAUGGCGCCCGAGAUGGUGAAGCACCGUUGACUCUGAUGUUGGCUCAAUGGGGUCAAUUGUUGGAUCAUGAUUUAACAUCUACAGCACAACCAAGAUCCAUAAAUGGUUCAGUGCCCAGUUGUUGCGGCAGCAAAGAUUUCCACCCCUCCUGCUUUCCCAUUAAAGUUCCCUUGGAUGAUCCCUGGUUAUCUUCUUUAAAAGUUCGCUGCUUGGAAUUUUUACGUUCGGCGCCGGCCCAGCGGCGAGAUUGUGUAUUGUCAUGGCGUGAACAAACCAAUCAGGCCACUUCGUACAUUGAUGCCUCACCCAUCUACUCGAACAGUGUCAAGUCUUCGGAUAAUGCCAGAGUCUUCCGAAAUGGUCUUUUGAUAUUUGGCCGCGGCAAUCCCAAUGAUGAUGUUUGCCAGCGAGGUGCAAUUGCCACCAGUUGUAUAAGAGCUGGUGAUGGUCGCAGUGGUGAACAACCCGGCCUAUUGGCCUUGCACCACGUCUGGGUUGGUGAACACAAUCACAUUGCCAUGCGUCUGAGUGAAAUGAAUUUACAUUGGAGUGAUGAGAAAAUUUAUCAGGAGACCAGACGCAUUAUAGGUGCUAUGUUCCAGCACAUAACAUAUAGGGAAUUUCUGCCUAUUAUUUUGGGUAGAGAAGUGGUGAAGUUAUUCGAUUUGGAACUGCUGAAUUCGGGAUACUAUGAGGGUUAUGAUCACAAGACAAACCCGGGAGUGGCAAAUGCAUUUGCGGCAGCAGCUUUUCGUUUUGGUCAUUCGUUGGUGCAGAACUCCUACAUGCGUUGUGAUCGGUUCCAUAAUGUGCUGAGUAACAAUGUAAGUCUACAUGAGGAGUUCCAGAGAGGUGAUAUUGGUUCUGUGGGUUCUUUGCAUCGUUUGAUUCGUGGCAUGGCCAAUCAAAGAGCUUUGCAGCGGGAUGAGUUUAUUACACCGGAAUUAACCAACCAUCUCUUCCAAACACCAGGAUUCCCCUUUGGCUUGGAUUUGGCGGCAAUCAACAUCCAACGUGGCCGUGAUCACGGCAUACCACCCUACACGCAUUGGCGUGUACCCUGUGGCUUGUCACCCAUUAACACCUGGGAGGAAUUUGCCAAUGUUGUGGGUCCCGAAUCGGCUCGGCGUAUUAGCCAUGCCUAUCAAAAUGUCCACGAUAUCGAUCUCUUUGUGGGUGGCAUUGCUGAAAGACCUGUGGUAGGAGGCCUAGUGGGUCCAACUUUUGCCUGUAUUAUUGCCCAGCAAUUUAGUAAUUCCCGUAAAGGCGAUCGGUUUUGGUAUGAAAAUGGUGGAUUUGAAAGUUCUUUCACCCCGGCACAGUUACAUUCCAUUAGAAGGGUUACUUUGGCCUCGGUUCUCUGUCGCUCGGUGGGUGGAGGAACAUUCCAGCCUCACAUUUUCCUACCACCCAAUAUACCACAAAAUGAGCGUCUACCCUGUGGAGUAGGACCAUUGGCGGAAUUCGAUUUGGAACCUUGGUUAGAGCAAGAUCCUUUUGCAGCCCUAUCAAAACCUGCACCCAUACAGUUGCAGACUCCAUCGCCAAUAAAUGUGAACACUCAAGCUCCACCAAGACCUCCGCCACCACCCAAAUUACCUUCACAAUUACCUCAACCGCCUUUGCCACCACCAGAACAACCCCCAGCCAUGCCACCUUCCGCAACGCCCAUGCCCACAACAUUCCAGCCUCCCGUUUUGGAUCGUAUUUUCGAAAUUGUCCAAGGUGAACUACAAAGUAAUGCACCCAUACCGCAAGACUUUUUGACCGACAACAAAGUGGGAUUCCUUAAUCAACUACCCCCUUCAGCUACCAGGCAUCCUCCUUUCAUAUCACCCUCCAGUUCGGGAAGUACAAUGGCCCAGAGAUUUAAAAACACUACGAAAAUCAAUGAUAAAUUGGAUUUAAAGAGGAAAGGGGUGGCAGCGGGACAUGUGACCAAACAAAAGCCAGUACCUGGUGUCAACAAUAAAUUGGAUAAAAACUCACGAAAGGGUUCGCAUCGACAUGGUUCGGUACAGAGCACAACUCGUAGAACCAUAAUUGUAAAUAAUAUACCCAUAGAGCUGCGUAAUGCCGGUCAAGAGGUAGUAAUUAAACGUGGUGACAAGUUGGAAUCUCGUGCGGAAGAGGUGAGAACAAAUGAUGGAAAUUUGACCGCAGUUGAGGAGUCUAGCGGGGAUAAUAAUGUUGAGCAGGAGAAAUUGGAAUCACGUACAGAAAGUUCGGUGGAUACAUUUACCGAUGAUAAGUUAGAAUCUCGCACCGAAGAACUGGAAUUGGGAAAUCGUUUCGAAGGGAAAUAUGAGAAGCGAAAGGAGGAAAAUUUGACAAAACAGAGGGUUAUGGAUGAGGAUCAGACUAUGCUAGAGUCCCGUACAGAUGAUUUGCCAUUAACAAAGGAAACUGCACUUACUUCGAAAACAACUGAGAAUGGUGACCGCGCAGAGCCUUCAACAGACCCGAAGGAGAAUACCAAUGAUAGUCUGAAAUCCAAAACAGAUGAUCUGACAUCACAUAUAACUUCGUUAGAAAAUAAUGAAGUCGACAACCUAGCAUCGCCUAUGAAAGAACAAAAUUCCUCAAACCAAGAAAUGGACCUUCAAAGUAGGUCUGGAGACCUUGAUCUAACAGAGAGUGGAAGUAAUAACAUGGAAAGUCCAUUACUGAAUACCAUUGAAGAAUCGAAUAACGUUCAAAUUGAUAAUAGAAUUGUUCAACGAAGAAGUGAAACCGACUCCAGAAAAGAAGAAGAAGAUAGGACAGGGCACAAUGAUGUCAAUGAAAUUGGAAACGAAAUAAAGCCCACAGAGAAUAAUUCUCAUGAAUCAGAUACGAAAACAAAUAGUGAUACAACUGGUGCGAAUUUGAAUGAACAGGUAGAAGUAUCUUCGGAUUCCGAACCCCACAAAAGGGAUGUUGCCAAUGGCCAAGAACAAUCCACAAUUGUCCCCAUGGCUACACAAACCUCAAACGAUUCUGACAUUGAUCCCUUAGCGAAUUCUCCAACGACCGAACACAAAAGGGUUCAACGCAAAUUGACAUUGCCAGGCACUACAACUGAAAAACCAAAGGAAAAACUUAAAUUUGCUGCACUUCAAACGGCCCUGAAAACCAACAGCAGUCACUCACUGACCAAUAGAACUACCACUACCAAAUUACCAAAACCCCUACGUAAUGUUGAACUGCGACAAUAUCAGAAGAGACCAGGCUAUCCUAAACAACCACCCCACAAGGUCAUUGUGGAUGCGGCCAAUGGUGAUAAUCAAUAUGAAAUUGAAAUCAAUAUUCGGCAAACGAAUAAAAGUCCUAUUCCAUUGGAAAGUACCGUUGUCGAUUAUACCACCAACUAUAAAACUAAACCCUAUGAUCGUUAUACCAGUCAUUUUGGGUCCUUCCCCAGUACCACACCCCUCUAUGGCUAUUAUCAGGCGCCGCCUGCGCAAGUAUCUCCUCCACUGGCCAACAAUCAACGAACCAAACCACCCACAAUUAUUUUCCUCAAUGAACAUGACGAACAUGCCCUGGGCUAUACAACCAAACAGCCAGGAUUUGUACACAGCAUAGUAGGUUGGAAUUCCGGGGGACCGAGACCCUUACCUAGCAGCGAAUUGGAAUCAAAUGAAAGACCUGGUUAUGAUGGAGUCUUGUCGCGACCAAUUUUACCAUCGAACUAUCAAAAUAAAAGACCUGCAGCGGCCACAAGUUUUAGCCAGGCUCAAUUAAAUGGUGGCGUCGUCCAAGCAACCAGUCAGGCCAUAAGUAAUGGUCCAUAUGGUAGCAUAACCGGGUUUGCCAGUGCCAAUGGAGCCGAUAGUACUUUCAGUUUUAAUAUCAGACCCAAACCGGAUAAAACACAAAUUAAUCGUCCCAGCAUUGAUGGUGUCAGUUCUUACGGCUUAGCUGCAGCACCAGCUGCCAAACCCUGGUAUAACGAAAAACCUGAAUUACCUGGACAAAAUCCAUAUCAAGUACCACCCAGAGAAAGUUUACCCAGUCCAUUUUCCACUUCCAAUUCACAAACUUAUUACAUAAGGAAAAAGACAAGGCCUCAACUAAAAGAGGACCUGUCUUACUAUGCCGAACCAGAAUUAGGUGAUUAUGGUUAUUUGAGUCGAACCCGUCAUCCCGCUCUCAAUAUAACUGCCUAUGAUGAUCCCGAUCCCGUAGCUGAUAAAAGUGAAUAUGAGUACGAGGAUUAUGGUAGUUCCCCCUUGGUAAGAAAAUUUAAUAGGGAUGGUUAUCUACGGCCGGAGCUAAUGUUGGAAAGUUUUAAUAAAACUUUACCAAUGGGCGUGUCUGCUGAGGCAUCUACCAACCUCACAUUGGAUGACAAUUAUGUAUUACCUGUGAUGAAUAGUACAGAAGAUAUACCUACAAAUGAGCCACUGGAGGAUAUCACCGCGGGAUCCACAGCAUUCCCUGAUUCUGAAGGUAAAAAAUUAAAUAAUGAUAUAUUUGCGGAGGAUUUGGAGGAAAGCGAAGAGGAGCCGGAAGAUGAGGAGGAUUCAAAGAUAAAUACUGAUGAAAGUCCCACUGUAUUUGAUUUGAAUCAAAAACGUUUAAGUGUAUUAAAACAAAAUAAGGAGAAGAUUGCCUUUGCCCCGAUAAUAGUUUUGACCAAACCAGAAAGACCUGACAAUUGGGUAAUUUAUGAAUCAAACAAAGAAGAAGAAGAACCUCUACCACCGCAAGUACCAAACAUCAAUUUGGAUAGUUCUCCCUCAGCUGAAAUUCCGAAACCAAUACGUGAAAAUAUUUGGCUAUCAUUGGCAAAUGUGAAAAGAAAACGUCACAAUCAAUUACAUUCCACUCAAAAUCCUGACAACCUGACGGAUGUGUCUUCAACGAUAACAACACAGCAUAGCAUUAUAGAUACCACAUUCCACGGCUAUGUAGAUCAAACUGAAAUUCCCCACACAACUAUAGAUAAUUUGGAGGAUUUUACCACAACUGAAAAUAUUGAAAAUGCUGUGACAGAUAUUGCAACAACUACCAUUAAUGGAAUUGAUAAUAAAAAUGAAAAUAUUUAG